UUGUUAAUGGUUAACUUCCGGAUAAGCUCAUAACCAAAAUGACAACCUCAUAUUGCAUGCCAUUCUUUUUUCCGCAAUUCCAAACCUCUCUUUCUAGGUGGUGGUGGUUGUUUUUUCAUCUGUUUUGUUUUGCUGCUGCUGCGGUGGCCAUUGAUGGUGACUCCACCGGAACGGAAAGUAAUGGUGGUAGCUGACCCGACCCCCCACUCAGCGGCAGCCCUCCAAUAUGCUCUUUCCCAUGCAAUGCUAGAGCAAGACGAGCUGAUUCUUUUUCAUGUUGAGAACCCCAAUUCAUGGAAAAACACAUUCUCUACUUUCCUCAGGAAACCCAGUUUUUCUUCGGCUUCCACAGCUCCUUCCGCCACUGAAGGAGCUUCAACUGACAUAGAUUUUCUUGACCAAAUGAAACGUGCGUGUGAGAUUGCUCAGCCUAAUAUCCCUGUACGUAUAGAGAAAACCGACAUGGAUGGCAAGGACAAGGCUACCGUAAUUCUUUCCAAGUGCAAAGCUUUAGGAAUCGAUCUUCUCAUCAUAGGGCAGCGGCGGAGUCUCUCUUCAGCAAUACUUGGAUAUAAGCGAUCUAGCGGGUCAAUGAGAGGAGCAAAACUGAUAGACACAGCAGAUUAUUUGAUUGAGAACAGCCAAUGCACCUGUGUUGGAGUGCAGAAAAGGGGACAAAAUGGUGGUUAUGUCCUAAACACAAAGACCCAUAAAAAUUUUUGGCUCUUGGCAUAAUUGCACUUACAUUUAUUCACCAACCAUUGCAUUGGUCAUCAAUUUGCAAUCCCUUUGAUCACAAGAGCUAGCUAUAUCUUAUAAAUUUGCCAUAUUUAGUUGAUUUUUCAUUCAAUCCCUUCUUUUUCUUUUCUUCGCUUUAGUGAUGAAAUGUUCCAUAUGUAUGCUUUUCUUCAGUUUGAAUACAUAGAAACUGUAAAUAUUUGAAUUUGGAAAAUGACUUGCUUUUGCAGCCAUAUCCAGAAAAUGAGAUACAGCUGAAACCAAGGUCA